UCACCCAUAUCUCUUCCAUUAAAGAUUAGAAAGAACUCAAUUCUAAUAUGAUUUCUCCCAUUUUUGGUAUGUGUCAAAUAAAAAAUAAAGAUGUUGAAAUUAACAAUGAUUUUUUAUUCUUUUUUGUCUGGGAAACAAGAAUGCAAAAGUAGAUAACCGACGUUAUUCAAUUGUGAUCAAGGUGUAAAAGCCAAGUUGGCACUUUUUUUAGCCAUAAAAGAGUCAAACCGUGUGAACACACAUAUUAUAUUACAAUUCAAGCACAUUUUUUUUCAGAAAAAAAAUACUGUUCCAUUGACGUAUUUUAUAUAUUAUAUAUACUUGAGUUGUCUCAAUUUGGUUUAUUAUUUGCUUGUUAUAUACAGCCGCUCUUUCUCUCUCUAGAUUUUCAAACAUAAUAAAUAAAGUAUACGUGCUUAUUAAUUAAAGGUGGCGAACAGACGAGACGACAACGGUGAGUAUGCUAGGUUUCCGGCGACAUGGAACAUAGAAACCGCCGCCGCCGCCGCUUCCAAUAAUACUAAUCCCGUUAUUCCAUACUUGGACGACAUGCAAGAACAACCAGAUUACCUGCUAUCGGCUGUGGUGGCGGGAAACACGCUGUCAGGUUAUUAUGCCGAGUCGCCGGAGAUGUCAGCAAUGGUGGCGGCGCUGACCCACGUAGUUUCUGGUCAGCCGAUCAACGGCGACCAAAUAAGCCACACCUAUUCUCCUCCCUCUGCUUAUUCAUCCUCCUCUGUUAUAUCAGAGCUGGAGACAGCCACAACCGACAUCGCCGCCGUUGAACAACGAGAAGUGGCCGCCGCCGCCGCCACCUCAGAAGAAGAAAUAACCGGAGAAAGAAGAAGAAGGAAAUACAGAGGAGUUAGACAAAGGCCAUGGGGCAAAUGGGCAGCUGAGAUCAGAGACCCACACAAAGCCGCCAGAGUUUGGCUUGGCACCUUCAGUACGGCGGAGGCCGCCGCCAGAGCAUACGACGAGGCCGCUCUACGCUUCAGAGGCAGCCGCGCCAAACUCAAUUUCCCUGAAAACGUCAGAAUCUCGCCGCCGCCACCCCCCGCCCCAUCUCCGCCGUCAUUUUACCAACCCACGUUCUACGAUUCAUCAAUAUUAGCUGCUGGUGGUGGUGGUUUAUAUUCACACCAAUUAAACAACAAUUUCUCUUCUGAAUAUUCUCCCGCCAUUAAUUUUUCUUCUGGCCAGCACCAACCACCAUUUAAUAUUUCUUCAUCAUCCUUUUCUUAUCCGUUGCUCUUCUCUAGUGGACAAACAAUAGAUUUCCGGCCACGAGAAAACGACGAUCAACUAGCUCAAGGCAGCGGCGCCGCCUUAGAUUUCCCGACACCGCCGUGGUACUCAGGCCACUUUCCUCCCUCGUCCUCCUAAUAUAUACAUAUAACAUAUGUAUGUAUAUUAAUGCUUCUUGUUCAUGCAUGCUAUUCCAUUAAUGUAAUUCAAAUUUUAUGUUUUGACUUUUAUUUGUUGCACUAACGUUUUAAUAUUAAUGAGAUGUAAAAUUGUUUCAUUCACAUUGCAUUUGUAAUCUUGUCCUAAAAUAGAAGACUGGUUUGACUUGUGAAUUGUGAUUAUAUAAUUUUUUUUUUAAUUUAA